AUGGCCACAGAAGAGCAUGCCGAGGCACAUCAGCCCUUGACCGAGCUUCCCUUUGCGCCACUUACAAAAUCGCACAUUAUCCAUUGCUCUUACCACAACUGGUAUCCCAAUGAUUCUGGUAUUUUCUCGGCUUCCGAUACUGCUGGAGAAGAGGAUGAUGAAGAAGAGGAGGAUCCUUCUGCCGAAUGGCGCAACAUUCACCGAGCCAUCAAGAACACCAUCGCAGAGCUUGGUGGUAAGGUUGUCCCCAAGCUGAACUGGUCCGCUCCCAAGGACGCCACCUGGAUCGCUGCUACCAACAGUAUGGAGUGCAGACUCCCAAGCGAUAUCUACUUGCUCCUCAAGAGCUCCGACUUUGUCACACACGAUCUCGAGCACGCCUUCGACGACUGCAUUGAGGACGAAUCACCUUCCGAUGAUAUCCCCAAGACGACCAAUGACAUUCCAUAUCACUUGGUUCUGCGCAAAUUCUUCCAGAUGAACCCUUCUGUCGAAUUCAGGUGUUUCGUUAGGAACCGCAAGCUUAUCGCUCUGUGCCAACGAGACCUAAACCAUUUCGACUUCCUCUUCCGCAUGCAGGACAAGUUACGCCAUGUGAUUCACAACUUCUUUGGUGAUAAACUUAAGCACACUUUCCCAGAUGCCGACUUUGUCUUCGACGUCUACGUGCCCCCUCCACAUGAUCGCGUUUGGUUGAUCGAUGUCAAUCCUUGGGCAAUCAGGACAGACCCUUUGUUGUUCAGCUGGCUGGAGCUUUUGACACUGCCAGAGCCACCCGAGGAGAAGGUUAUUCGCAUUCCCAUCAGGCCUGCUGGUGCUCCCGCAGAAUCUCAGGAGCAGUCUGAUACCCAAGCGAUCGAUGCAAAAGAGGGCGAAGUUACAGAGGGAAGGACAGACAUGGAGGACGAUGAUGAAGAAGCUGAUGAGGAGAUUUGGGUGCCCGAGUUCCGCUUGAUCAGAAAGGAUGACCCUGAGGCCUACAGCUUCAACACGCCACAAUACAGCGCACACAAACUACCACGAGACGUUGUUGAUGCAAGUCAGGGCGGUCCCGGCGCAUUAAGAGAGUUUGCAGAUAACUGGAAAGAGAUGCUAGCGAAACAACAGCAGGAAGAUGCAGAGUAUGAGUCCAGUGAGGGAGAAUGA